CAGAUAAGUUCAUAAUUGUUUAUAAUAAGUUUGGAUUCACUUUUUUUCAGUUAAUAUAAUUACAUUUUCAUAGUUUUGAGUUUUCAUACACCAAACUUUUAUCAUAUAUUUUAUGUGCAAUUUUUAUAGUUUCUAAAAAAAUUCAGUAAAUAAUUUAGUGUCACUAAUAUAAUGGGCACCAUAUUAGUGGUUCCGAUGAUAAUCGGAAUAAAUAAGCUAGUUAAAUUAUAUAAAGAAAUCAAUGGCAAAAUGUGGACAUAUCUGAUGAAUUUAAUCCCAUUAUUGUGGCGAAGACGACAACAUAAGACCAACAGAGUUGUGACACACAAUGUCUGGAAAGAUAAUAUAUACGACAGCGGAAUAAUACCAUUUCCUCAUGAAUGGCAAUACGACUGUCCAUCACAUAAUAAAAAUGAAGAUAUAGUUAUAUAUGGUGUGAAUUCAUCGAAACAAUGUAUUUAUAUAACAAUCAAUUGGAAACCCAAUGGAGUGAACAAUAAAAACAAUGCAACGAUUAAUAUGAGAAUCGAUGACAACAAUGAUUGCUAUACUUUGGAGGAAACACAAGAAGUCGAGUAUAGGAAAGGAGAGUAUAGAGUGUCGGGACUCGGGUUAGAGAUAUUGUCGGCAUUUAGAAGAAAACGGAUUAAGUUUAGGGGAUAUCUGUUGAAGAAUAACAAAGAAUUGGUUUACAUUCAGUUCAGAUUCUUAUGGAUAGCAAUGUCUAGAGUUUAUGACUUUACUUAUGAUUUUGACGACUCUUUUCUGGCAAAAGAGUUAACAUUUUCGCCGAAAUCACAUUUGAAUGCCGAAGACAUACUCGAAGAUCGUUUGGAACAAUUCGGUCAAAUAAAGGGUACGUUUAAAGAGGAAAAGGAAACGGAAAGAAAUAUAUAUUUUUGGGGAUCUAUGAGUAAAAAGUACUUAACAUCACAUAAAAAGAGAAAUAUUACAAGAAUUUGCGGAUUUACUAAAAAAGGUAUUGGUUUUGAUAUCGGAUUUGUCAAAAAUGAUGGUAACGUUGAGUACCGGUUCGGUAUGUUAUUCAAUAGAGUCAAACGUUUCCAUAAACUGUUGGGUCUGACGAUCAAUAAAUCUGAUUUUGAGAGUUUAAAAAACGGAUCAAACAUUCAAUUUACUGCCAAAUUUGAUGACAAAGAGUAUAAGUUUGAGAUAAAACAGUCAGCAAAUAGUUUUGCUCAAAGUUUAUGGAUCGAUGACAUUGAAGGAAAAUGUAUUAUUAGUGAAGAAAAUGAGACUGAAUUUCAACGACAGAUUAGACCAACAAAUGAUUUACCAAAAAAUUCGUCACUUGUUUUAGGUUUGAAUGAAGAGUCGGCUCAAAGAGUAGAUCUAACGGGAGGUAAAGGUAGCUCUUUGGCAGUACUUAUGAAUUUAAGCCAACAAUUAGUUAGAGAUAAUAACAAACAUCAGUUCAGUGUCGCCAAUGGUGUUGUUGUCACUACUAAUGCUUACGAAAUACUUUUGAAUGAAGACAAAGAAUUAUUGGAAGCGAUUCAAGCAUUAGAGAAAUCGCCACAAAAAGACUUAAAGACUGAUUGCGAGAAUUUAGUGAAUCUAAUAUCAAGUCAUAAAUUACCAAAAAUGAUAAAACAAACGAUUGAAGAAAAGUUAAACAAUAAUUUUAGUGAUUUUGAAAACAAGUUGUUUGCCGUUAGAUCUUCCGGUGCUUCUGAAGAUUCUGAGGAAAUGUCAGCCGCCGGACAAAUGACUACUUAUUUAGGCGUCAAAGGACUCGACAAUAUAUACUCGUCUGUAAUGAAGUGCUGGUCGUCUCAGUUCUCACACAUAGCUGUUGAGUAUAAGAGAGGUUACGGACAGCCUAUCAAUAGUCCGAUGGCUGUUGUGAUACAAGAGAUGAUAGCGUGUGAGUCGGCGGGUGUUAUGUUUACUUGUGAUCCGAUUACUGGAGACGAAAGAGUUAUUGAAGUGACAGCUAAUUAUGGUUUAGGCGAAUCAGUGGUGUCGGCGUCAGCAGAACCGGACACAAUUAAAUUGUCGGUAAAUAUUGAGUCCAACUCAUUAUCAAAACCACGAAAUAUUAAAAGCAUUGAAAACAAAGUAAUCGGUGCAAAGAAAACAUCCAUAAAAUUGUCUGAAAAUGGAGGCACUGUUGAGGAAGAAAUCAAUGAUAAUACUAAUUGUUGUGUUUCUGAUGAAGAUUUAUAUCAAUUGGGAGAUUUGGCACUAAUUAUUCACAAACAUUACGGUAAUGUCAGAGAUAUAGAGUGGGGUCUAAAAGGGGGCGAAAUAUUUAUGCUUCAAUCGCGACCCGUCACUAAUUUGGACAAUUCAUACACCGAUUAUGAAAUAAUGCAUGAAAUGGAUAGUCCUCAUCAAACCGAGUAUGAGAUUUAUUCCCGGGCCCACUGGGGAGAGAACUUUCCCGGAGCGUCGUCGUGGUUGGUCUACACGUGGACUUUUGCCAACAAAAGUGGAUUUUUUAGAUGGAGUGUUGAAGAAGGAAAAGCUACCGAAGAUGACUACAAUCCAUACACAUCAGGCUUUGGUGUCCAAUACAAUCAAUUGAUGUUUAAUAUGACUAAUGGUUUUUUCGAUAUGUUUUCUGAAUAUCCGGAGUCAGAUCAGGCAAAGCAAAUGGUUCUCGCAUUCUUUGGCCAUCACAUCGAAGACAAAGAUGUUUUGAACGCAUUUCUCGAUACUCGUAAAAUGAAUAAGAAAUUAAGUUUAUUUAAAAAAUUGAAAUCAUUGAUGAAAUUGAUACAUAUGGUUGUGUGGGGACCGAAAACAUUGAUGAAAGACAAACAAUAUUUUAUGGAUGAAAUCAAAUACGAUUUGGUCGACAAUAUUAAGAAAUUUAAGACAUCUAAAGAUAUAUUGGAUGGUAUUAUUGCCGAUUACGGUAAAGUAGCUUCGGUUCAGUUUAAGAAUCACGGUCCGGCAUCUAUAGGAUCGACACUAAAACAUCUACUAUUGAGGACUGCUCUCGAAGGAGCCCAAAAAAACAAUCCUAAUUUUGAGUCGGACUUCAAUUUGAUGAUCUCGUCGUGCAAUGAAGUGAUCAGCGCCGAAGUGCCCAAUCAUUUGCGUGAAAUCGCCAAAUCAAUCAAAGAUAAGGAACAGUUCAAGACGUUGAGCGACGAGGAAGCACUUAAAGUACUAAUAGAAGGUAGCGAUAGUGCAUCGAAAAAGUUUAAAGAUUUUCUUGAAAAACAUGGACACAGAGGUUACCGGGAGUUUGAUCCCAUGUAUCUGCCCUGGGGUGAGGAUCCCAUACCUUGUAUUAAAAAUAUUAAAGCUAUAUUAACGGGAAGUGAAGCACAAUUGGAGCCGAAAGUUGCCAAAUCAGUGGAUCAGGUUAUCGAUGAAUUGAAGACUAAACUGUCGUUUACAAGAAAGCUAUUAAUAAGCAAACUAUUGCUUCCGUGGAGUCGUUCGGGAGUCGGCUAUCGCGAGAUAUCCAAGUAUUUUAUGAUUUGGAUGAAUGACAGACAGAAAAAAGGAUUUCGUUAUUUGGCUAAACAAAUGGUCGCCGACGGACUGCUACCGUCAACCGAUUCCUUCUUUUAUUUGACUUCGGAAGAGGUGUACAAUCUGUGUAAUGGUAGCCGCGAUCCGUUAAUUAUGACUCGUUUGCGACACAGGAAACGGUUGUAUCAGAAAAUGAAUAAAUAUAAAUUCGAUGAGUUUGUUAAGGGACCAGAAAUGAUACCCAGAAAUUUUGAUGAACGCAUAACAAUACCGACAAACACUACUGGUUUGGUUCAAAUGACGGGAACACCGGUCAGUAAUGGAGUGGUUAAGGCCAGGGUUUGUGUGGCCGAAGAUAUUACUGAUGCCGACGCUAUUCAGCCGGGAGAUAUACUGAUAACAUACUCAACGGAUAUCGGUUGGAGUCCAUACUUUCCAUUGUUGUCCGGUAUUGUCACUGAAAUCGGUGGAACCAUAUCUCACGGUGCGGUUAUCGCCCGGGAAUACGGUAUUCCCAGUUUGAUUGCUAUUGAGGGCGUGUGUCGUACCUUCAAAACGGGUGAUAUCUGUGUUUUGGACAUACAGUCCGCUACCAUCACUAAAGUUGAAUAACUUUUAUUUAGUCAACAAAUUAUCUUAUUAUAAAUAAUUUAUUUGAUUUUAAUAAUUUUUAUAAAA